AUGCAUCAGUACAGAAAGAAGGGUGGCGUAUACGUCAAUGAGGUUGCUGAGGCAAAAGGGAAGAAUAUGGCAGCCGAAUUGGAGAAAGUGAAAGAACAACUGGCCUCAAGUGCACCGAAUGAUACUCCACCAUAUCAGAUCAUGGUGCCUGAGAAGCUACAAUUAGGGAUCUUGUCUGCAGAACUUGGGGUUGGAAAGGACAAAAAGAUACGUGGUGUGGGUUCUAGUCUUCGUGUGCAGGGUACUUCCUGUAGAAUUUCUGAAUCUAAUGCCACCAACACCUCUUAUGAUUCAAAGCAUAAAGUGGAUGAGUUGUCAGGCAAAGUGGAUGAAUUACUUGGCGUCAUCCGGAAGAUGCAAGCCCAUAUCAAAUACUUGCGUAAGAAAGGUAAAAAAAACCAUGAUAACGACGACGACGGCGACGACGAUGGCGACGACGACGACGGCGACGACGACGGCGACGACGACGACGGCGACGACGACGAUCGGGAUCUCAAGCCGCAGCCUAGUAUUUUGUGA